UGUUUUUGUGUUAGAUGGGUCAUUUGCUAGAUGAAGAAAGACAAAGCUAAAGUAAAGAGAGGUAACAUGCUUGGGUUUCAAUCAAAUUAAGAUAGAGUGAACAAUUGGUAAGAUACAAAUAGUAAAUGAUCUAAGAAUAAGAGUACAAAGAUCCUCUCAAGCAGUAGGUGUAGGGGAACCAGGGGAAAAAGUUAUAAUUUUAAACUUAAUUUAGGACCACUAAAACUUCUUGUGCACAGUUAGUUCUGUGAAUUCUCACUAUAUAUUCAUGACUUCCUGAAAUAAACAACUCAAUGAGUUUAUCAGUGCAAUCAGCAGAGAUGUAUUAGCUUGAGAUUGUUUGCUGUUCAAACAGUUUACCCAAAUAGUUGAUUUGUCUUGUUUGAUGUUCAAUGUGUUUAUUUCAGAGGUGGUGACCUGAUUCAAUAAUCCUCUCACUGUCAUUGUCAUGUAAACUUUUCUAAGAGCGCAGCAGCAGCUGAGCAUCGUCUGGGGUUGAGGAGAGCUGGGCUUUAAGUGCCCCAUUCACACAGUAAUACAGCAUCAUUUGGAGUCUGAAUUUGGUUCCCUUUGAAAUAGAGAUAUGAGUCCCUAUAGCUCCCAAAUGAUCUGUGAAUUCUUUGUGCUUUUGUGACAGAGGUAUGUGUAUAUUGGGGAAACAGUUCGGCAACAUUCAUCAUCAGCAGUGUACGUUUUUGUUGGGGAUGAACCAAAGAAAAAACCAAGAGAGCCACAGGUUUGUAUAGUGACAUUUAAAAUAACAUGUAUUUGUGUGUAUUCUUUACACUAAGUUUUCACUCUUUUCAGACCGUUAUGGAAAAAUCCCAGAGAUGCAAAGUAACACGUUUAGCAACAAUAGUUUAUAUCUCUAAAAGUUACCUUGAAGUGUAUUAGCAGUAACUCUUAUUCUGAUUUGGGGCUUUUUUUUGGCUAUUUUUUAAGAUAUAUAUAUAUAUAUAACCUUGUGGCCGGAUCAGCACCUUCCAGAUAUAUGAACAUAAAACUGGAUUUAUUUCAAUUUGAGACUUUAUAUUUGUAUACUUCACCAUACACGUUGCACUACAGGCCCCUAAAGGAACUAUCUAAGCCCUGAAGGGAGAGUUUUUGUUGGUGUAUGUGAGGAGGACGAGACGAAUGAAUUGGGGAAGAGCCUCACUCGUAUACACCCUGGCAGUGAUGUGAUGCCCCUCCCCUGGAGAUCAGAGGAGAAUCUGAUAAUAGGCUGCUAUCUGUGCGUUAUGGCCACACAGAGAGAGCGCCUCUCCUAUCAGAGCAUCCUCCUCCUCCUCCUCCCCAUGACUCAGGCUUUACUUUUACUCCAACAUGCUGUCCUGUGCUGCUAUGGACUCAGAUGAGAAGGCUACUUCGCGCAUUGAUGUUGCCUAAGUUUUUUAUCGCUGAAAUUAUUCGCUUGAACGAAAACAGGAGGCAUUUUCCCUUGACUGGUGUGGAUGCUCGCAUGAGACUCCUGGAAAAAAGAACCAUUUUAUCUGGGAUCGAAGUAAGCAAAUAAUCUCCAAUACAAGGCAACAAAUCAGUCAUGCUCGGCGGUGAAGGGGAGAGCAGCAGCUUCUCCUCUAAGGAGUCAGCGGGGGACAGGCGCAAGUCUCCGGCUGUAGAGGCGGAAGACCCGGCGGCUGGCAGCAGAUACACAGAGCACGGGAUGGGUGCAGACCGUUCAUACUACCUCCAUUCUUCUGUUUCUAAACAAAGUCUAGAAACACCGAGUCCCUGCUCUUUUAUCCCUUACACCCCCUGUGGGACGGUGUACACCCCGUCCAGCGCCACCAGGUACCCCUCAUCUCUCCACCUGGGCUCCGUGCUGCCUCCCGCGGGGUUUCCCCCCUCCUCCGGCCGCAGUCACUUCAGCCCGGCUUACCAGCUCGGGCAGAGCCCCGGCUGCCUCUACCCGCCCUACACCAGCUCUGGCUCGGCUCUGAGCAACCUGAAUCUACCCACCAUAGGCCCGGGGAUGAGGGCCCAGGUUUACCUCUGCAACCGGCCGAUGUGGCUCAAGUUCCACCGGCACCAGACCGAGAUGAUAAUCACCAAGCAGGGCAGACGGAUGUUUCCGUUUCUCAGUUUUAACAUAGCUGGUCUCAACCUGACGGCGCACUACAACGUGUUUGUGGAGGUGGUGCUGGCGGAUCCUAACCACUGGAGAUUUCAGGGUGGCAAGUGGGUGACCUGUGGGAAGGCAGACAACAGCAGCCAAGGAAACAAAGUGUACAUCCACCCAGAGUCUCCAAACACCGGGGCACACUGGAUGAGACAAGAGAUCUCCUUCAGCAAACUGAAACUCACGAACAACAAAGGAACAAAUAUCAAUACUUCACAAAUGGUUGUCCUGCAAUCGCUGCAUAAGUACCAGCCCAGGCUGCACAUCGUGGAGGUGACGGAGGACGGGGUGGAGGACAUCAGCAGUGAGGGGAAGACUCAGAGCUUUACCUUCCCAGAGAACCAGUUUAUAGCUGUGACUGCCUACCAGAACACUGAUAUCACACAGCUGAAAAUUGAUCACAACCCCUUUGCCAAAGGAUUCAGAGACAAUUAUGAUUCACACUGCCCUUCAUUGACCUCAAGUUCAUACGUACAUAUAUUUUCCAGGAUGUACGCAGCCCCAGAGAACGACCGCCUCACACCAUCUCCUACCAGCUCUCCCCGUUCACACCAGAUUGUCCCUGGGGCCCGGUACGCCAUGCAGCCCCUCUUCCAGGACCAAUUUGUCAAUAACCUCCCUCAGAAUCGCUACUACAACAGCGAGAGAGCGGUGCCGCAGACAAACAGCCUCCUCUCACCUCAGGCAGAGGACGCCACUUCGCAGAGGUGGUUUGUCACCUCCAUGCAGCAAGGGGGAAACGGCACUAGCACCAACAAGCUAGAUCUGACACCCUAUGAUGGGGAAUACUCAAGCUCCCUGCUUCCCUAUGGUAUCAAAUCCCUAUCCAUGCAAACAUCCCACGCUCUCAGCUACUACCCAGACUCUCCCUUCACCACCAUGUCUGCAGGCUGGGGGUCCCGAGCAGCAUACCAGAGGAAGGUUUCUCCAAGCCUUCCUUGGUCCCCAAGGCCCAGCACCACCACUGGUUUUCCAGAAGACUUAGACAAAGUGAAAGCACAGAUAGAAGAGGAGGUGAACGGCAGUGCAAGCCUGAUCUCCUCCUGGACAGAGACUCAGCCAUCAGCUCUGUCCUUAGACAAGGCAGAUUCAUACUCAACGGCAUGCAAACGAAGGCGCUUGUCUCUCAAUGGCCCCAUCACAGAGGACUCAAUCUCUGACAUCAAGUGUGAGGACUUGGCCUCUGCUGCCAUCAACAGUAGCUCCUAUAUCAAAGAUGCCCCCUCAUCCAAAUGCAUGGCAGCUUACUAUUCCUUUUACACAAACCCUUGAAUGGUUUCUCUCUGAAAUGUUUUGUCUCUCAUUGUGGCUGUUCUUCAUCUGCCACCUUAAAUGAGAAUAGAUAAUAUUUUGCUUUUCAUAUGUGGACAGUCAGAAUUUGUCUCGGUAGUGAUACAUGUUGUGAUAAUAUGUAUAUUUUUUUCCUUUUGUGGUAAGACAGAAAAAGUUCAUAUGACAUACAGUAAAAGGUUAAAGGGCAUGGGAGGCACAAUAAGCAUCCCGUGUUAGCGUGUUCCAUCUAUUCUGUCCUUCUGUUUACCUGAACAAUAUAUUUUAUCGCCACCUCAUUUAUGUAACUCUGUAUUUUAAGUUUUGAAAGUGCCAAAGCAUUUUUUAGGUUUAUCAGUGUGCAUUCAUUACUGUAUCUGCCUUUACACUGAUGAUAUGUGUUUACAAAUUAUUUAUUGGAGGCCUGUGAAUAUGACAUUCGUGCACUCAUAAAAUGUGAAGAUAAUAUGCUGUACCUUCAUUACAAUGUUCGGAUAUUUGAUAAUAAAAGGCAUAUGUGUUCUACUGAG